AACAGUUUGAACAAUAAGGGUCCCGUACCGUAGAACCUGUCGAACUCUUCUGUAUAACUGCUAGCCACGAUUUGUGUAGUGUUCACUGUUAGCACGAUGUGUUUCGUACGAUUUCCCGACGCAUCGGUCCCAGCCACAAGAUCCGAAGACAUGACAUUGUGAAUCUGGGGAUCCGAGAGGCAAGCGUAUAUUUUGCCCUUCGAUGUGUGUUUGUGAAGAGCAUCGAGCGUCUGAAAGUGUGUAUGUGUGUUUGUGAGAGCCUAUUUGCAAGGCUGGCGUUGCUGCUGGCCCGGCUAAGCAAGUUUGUGUACGUUGGUGGGGAUAUGCAGUGGAGCGGAAUGUUUAGAUGCUGUCAAAUGAAAGGCACGUGUUAGACCUAAAAGUGUGAAUGUGCAUGAGAGAAUUGCAUCGAAAUGCAGCAAUGUGUGUGUGUGUGUCUGCGAAUUGUUUAGAAAUAUUAUACCUCUCAGUAUCGGUGUGCACGUUUAAGAUUGGCUGCGUAAGCGACACAAGUGAUUGUUGUGAAACCGAUUGCAGCGUAGUAAUAAAACGCUUUCUUCAUCAAUUCCCGCACCGCGUUAAGAGUGAAAGCCUCCCUCUGGCAAUGUAGUGUGAAACAAUCGUAUUUAUUGUGUUUGGCUAUGGAACAAGCGUUUGGUUGUUUUUUUUGUUCGAGAUCAGUUUGCAACUCACGAUAAAGUGCAAAAGUUUUUAUUUCCAAUAGUUGAAGCUAAGCGGUAUUAUUUUUUUGUAGUGCAAUGUGAAAAGGCAGGAGAUCAAUGUAUCAAUUCCAUUUCAUGCGAAUUGAAUUAAGUGUUUUUGUAAUACAUUUCCGCUUCGGUUUGUUAUGAUUAAUUAACUGAACGCGUUAGAAAUCGCCUGCAUCGCUGCAAUCCGCAGUACAGAAAUUGUCGGAUUACGGCUAACUCUGUCCGACAACCUAUAGGAUUGAAGAUCGGUCAUUGUUUAGCAUUAAAGAUCAUUGAAGGAGGUGCAAAAUAUUAAAGUUAAAUAUUGCUAGAAUUUUAAUAUAAAUUGGAGUUAAAUUCUUCAUGUGAUUAGUUAUGUAGUUCUGAAACGUUUUACAAGUUUUCCGUAUUUAAAAGUUCAAACUAUUGUAUGAUGUACGCUAUAUAACAUGCUUCUAGCGCAAAAAAAAGAUUCUUUUUUUCAAGCAAGGAGCUAGUUUAAGAUCUCACUGUUAUUUUACACUGUUUUGCUAGGAUUCUGAGCUAUUUAUUUAAGUAAUGAAUGUCAUUUCAAAUUACAAAGUGAUCACUAUCUCUUUUGUUAAUUUCGUAGCAAUUAAUAGCUGUUCAGUGAAUAAAAAAAUCAAUGAUUACUCUGCCGUUGUGUCAAGAAUCGUACGAUCAUUGUGUUAGUGUAAAAAUGUAAAAAAAAUCGAUCUACGGUUUUGAUAGUUCGUUUGACGCACGAUUCAGAUUGUGUGAAGCAAGCGGGAGUGUGUUUUUUGUUGGUCUUUGUGAUAAUUUCGCCCGUGUAACAAAGCGCUCACAUGGAACAGUUCUAUUUCCGGGCACGUGCAAAAGUGCAUUAGCUAGUGUGGUGCAUCGUCUCAAGUGGUUCGCGCGUGUGUAUUUUUGUGUGUGUAUGUGCGUGUGUGUGCCAGCGUGGUGUACUCGUUGUGGAUGAGCGGUGGAAUCGCGUUCGAUCAAGCAGGAUGCCGGCAAGGUCCGAGCAUCGGCAGGGUAGAAAUGUGCGCCAUUUACCUUAUCCUACUCAUAUCCUUGCGAUGACGCACGACAAUCAUCUGUAAAUAUCGUCACAUCGUAACUACCGCGCCACCUGCAUUCAAUCAUCCAUCCUGGUGGUAGCAGCCCGGUGGACGGGUGGGGUACCAUUUUGCUUGCUGUCUAGCUUAGAACUAAAACCCUCCUCCUUCCCGGAAAAGGUUUCGGUGCUUAGUCUGUCCGUCUUGCCUUCGACUUUUCACCGGUUGGGCCUAUAACACAAUCGUAUCCAAGCGCUCAUUACGGUGCUAUCGCAGCAAAGUAAACAAAAAAACAAAAUCAACAAACACUCUCACAAAACCAUUUUAACAAAGUAUCAUAUCAUAAAGCGCGGACUUAGCGACGUACUCGCAUGCCGUGAGGCUCGGUUUCUUUACAAUCCGUUGUAAGGCAACGAUCCACCGGUGGGGGGAAAUCCCUACCGCCAACACGAGCAGCACAGGACGCGACCAACGAACGUUUUCGCGCGAAAACGCGGAAAGACGCCCACAUUGCAUUAACGCGCCCUCUAGCGCCCUCAGCACCAUCACCAUCAUCAUCCUGUGAGUGUAACGCGCGCGCGUGACGUGACCAUUUUUGCCCAUCUAAUACUCCGCCAUUUGUGACGUACGGCCUUCCCUCCGACUGCAACUGUUUGGGAAAAUGCUUAAACAUAAGAGGAAUGCAAAACCGAUACAAGGAAAACUAGGAUGGGGUUUGCGGAAGAUCUGCUUAGGAUUGAUAAAUAUCACCGUACCAAGGCGCACCGCACGCAGCUGGAUCGAGGCAAAUUUUCAAAAGCGGGAAUGUAUAAAAUUUGUACCAAGCCCUAGAAAUGAGGAUAUAUGCUGCUGUGGUCAGGAACGGCGAACCCAUCAGGUUUUGGCCGGCUACGAGGCGGGCGUACCGACCGACAGUUGGCAGGCGUCGAAAAACACCCGAGCUCAGCCGACCGAUGCGUACGGGACGAUCGAGUUCCAGGGCGGUGCCCACCCAACGAAGGCACAGUACGUGCGCCUGUCGUACGACACCCGGCCGGAGCUGCUGGUGCAGCUGUUCACGCGCGAAUGGAAUCUCGAGCUACCGAAGCUGCUCAUCACGGUGCAGGGCGGCAAGGCCAACUUCGAGCUACAGCCAAAGUUGAAAAAGGUGCUUCGGAAGGGGUUACUGAAGGCGGCCAAAACUACCGGCGCAUGGAUAUUUACCGGUGGCACCAACACGGGUGUAACGAAACAGGUCGGCGAUGCGCUACUGCUCGAGGGUCAGCAACGGUCCGGCCGGGUGGUAAGCAUCGGUAUCGCACCCUGGGGCAUCGUGGAGCGUAACCACGAGCUGCUCGGACACAACCGGGACGUUCCCUGCCACAGCAUCAGCUCGCCCAGGUCGAAGCUGGCCGUGCUGAACAACCGACACGCAUACUUCCUGCUCGUCGACAACGGCACCCAGGGCCGGUACGGGGCGGAACUAAUCCUGCGGAGAAAGCUGGAGAAAUACAUAUCGAACCAGAAGCUGCAACCCUUUACCCACUCGAGCACCCCCGUAGUAUGCUUGGUAAUUGAAGGUGGUACAAACACAAUCAGAGCUGUGCUAGAAUACGUCACCGAUAACCCACCGGUUCCGGUAGUAGUGUGUGAUGGGUCAGGCCGGGCAGCAGACUUAAUAGCGUUUGUACAUAAAUAUGCGACGGAUAAUGGAGAGCAGACGGUGCUGGAAUCGAUGCACGACUACGUGCUCGGUAUCAUACAGAAAACGUUCGAGGUCAGCACGGAGCAGGCGGAGCAACUGUUUCAGGAGUUACUGCAGUGCACUAAGAAUAAAAAUCUCAUCACGGUGUUCCGCAUACAGGACCGACCGGAGGGCAACACUCAGGAAUUGGACCAAACGAUUUUAACUGCACUUUUUAAAUCACAGCACCUUAGUCCACCUGAGCAGCUCAGCCUGGCGCUGACGUGGAACCGGGUCGACAUCGCCCGGUCGGAGAUAUUUGUGUACGGGCAGGAGUGGCCUCACGGUGCGCUGGACGAAGCGAUGAUGCAGGCGCUCGAGCACGAUCGGAUCGACUUUGUGAAGCUGCUGCUGGAGAACGGCGUCUCGAUGCGCAAGUUCCUCACGAUCCCAAGGUUGGAGGAGCUGUACAACACCAAGCACGGUCCAGCCAACACGCUCGGGUACAUUUUGCGCGACGUACGGCCCCACAUACCGAAGGGGUACGUGUACACGCUGCACGACAUUGGGCUGGUGAUCAACAAGCUGAUGGGUGGUGCGUACCGGUCGUAUUACACGCGGCGCAAGUUUCGCCCGAUCUACGCGAAGGUCAUGAACAGCUACGUCAACACGCACCGCAAACCGUCGACGUUUCAGCGUUCGGCGGGCAUUAACUCGAUGAGUCUGGUGACGGGAUUGCUGCCGGUGACGACCGAUAUGGCGCUGUUUGAGCUGCCAUUUAACGAGCUGCUGAUCUGGGCCGUGCUGACCAAGCGGCAGCAGAUGGCGCUACUGAUGUGGACGCACGGGGAAGAAGCGCUGGCAAAGUCACUGGUGGCCUGUAAGCUGUACAAGGCGAUGGCACACGAGGCAGCGGACGACGAUCUGGACACGGAGAUCUACGAGGAGCUGCGCAGCUACGCGAAGGAGUUUGAGAGCAAAGGACUGAAGCUGCUGGAUUUCUGCUACCGGCAGGAUGCGGAACGGGCCCAGCGGCUGCUGACGUGCGAGCUGCAGUCCUGGUCGAGCCAGAGCUGCCUGUCGCUGGCGGUGGCCGCCAACCAUCGUGCCAUCCUGGCGCACCCGUGCAGUCAGAUCAUCCUGGCGGACCUGUGGAUGGGUGGUUUGCGCACGCGCAAGAACACCAACCUGAAGGUUAUCUGUGGACUGCUCUGUCCACCAUUUGUACGCAAGUUGGACUUCAAAUCGAAGGAGGAACUGCAGCAGAUGCCUCAAACCGAGGAGGAACACUUGGAAAACCAGUAUCUUGAUUACGAGGAUCGCGAAAAGAAGGACACCGAUGCGGAGGUUUCCCUAACGGACUCGGAAAACACGCAGUACAAGGACUAUCUGUUCGACAGCGAUGGGCGGCAGCAGCGACCGCUGAAGCUGAAAAAGAAGUUCUACGAGUUUUACACCGCACCCAUCACCAAGUUUUGGGCCGAUUCGAUGGCGUACGUGUUUUUUCUCGUCCUGUUUACGUACACCGUGCUGGUGCGGAUGGAGGAGUCACCGAGCUGGCAGGAGUGGUACGCCAUCUCCUACAUCGCCACACUGGGCUGUGAGAAGAUACGGGAGAUCGUGUCAUCCGAACCGGUGGCAAUACCGCACAAGUUUUCCGUGUGGGCCUGGAACAUGUGGAACCCGUGCGAUGCCGCUGCCAUCAUAUUUUUCCUCAUCGGGCUCGGGCUGCGGUUGCGGCCGUACACGAUGGACAUCGGUCGGGUGAUAUAUUGCGUGGACAGCAUCUACUGGUAUUUGCGGAUAUUGAACAUUCUAGGUGUAAACAAAUAUUUGGGACCACUGGUGACGAUGAUGGGCAAGAUGGUGAAGAACAUGAUUUACUUCGUGGUGCUGUUGCUGGUGGUGUUGAUGAGCUUUGGUGUAAGCCGGCAGGCCAUCCUCUUCCCGAACAACGAUGCCAGCUGGCGGCUAGUGCGUGAUGUGUACUAUCAACCGUACUUCAUGCUGUACGGAGAGGUGUUUGCCGACGAUAUCGAUCCACCGUGCGGCGAAGACCCAUCACAGCCGCCCUGCGUAACCGGACACUGGGUGACGCCGAUCGCCAUGUCGAUGUAUCUGUUGAUAGCGAACAUUCUGCUCAUCAAUCUGCUGAUUGCCGUGUUCAACAACAUCUUCAUCGAGGUGAAUGCCGUCUCGCACCAGGUGUGGAUGUUCCAGCGCUUCACCGUGGUGAUGGAGUACCAGCAGAAGCCAGUGCUACCGCCACCGCUCAUCGCCCUGUGUCACUUCUACUCCCUGCUCCGGUACGCGAUCCGGAAGGCGAAGGGACUGCAAGAGUCGCGCGACAACGGGUUGAAGCUGUUCCUCGAAAAGGAAGACAUGGAGCGGCUGUACGACUUCGAGGAGGAGUGCGUGGAGGGAUACUUCCGCGAGCAGGAGAUACUGCUGCAGCAGUCGACGGAGGAGCGCAUCAAGAACACGGACGAGCGGGUCGACCAUAUGGCGCAGAAGAUCGAGGACAUCAACCAGAAGGAAAACAUCCAGAGUGCGGCCGUGCAGAACAUCGAGUUCCGGCUGCGGAAGGUGGAAGAGUCGGCCGAGCAGAUACUGAACCAUCUGGACGUGAUCCACCGGUUCAUGUCGGCCCACACGCUCAUGAACGAUACGCAGGGUUCGACGGGCAACGUGAGCGGGACGGUGCUACCGCCGGGCGGGCUGGCCGCGGGCAUGAUCAUGGACCAUCGGACGCGCACGAUCUCGGAGAGUGACAGCUACAUCCUGCCGCCAGCGCCGGCGGCAACGCAGCGCAAAAAGUUUAACCGCUCGCUGACGGAGGUACGCCCCGAUGCGUACAUCUUUGACGAUGGGAAGCAUCUGGAGGUGCGCACCGUGCUGGAGGAAAGUGAAGCGGAACGGUCGCCGGAUCAGCUCUCUCAACACCUCGAGCGCGAUCGCAAAUUCUCCAUCCGCUCGGAGGACUCGGAAAUGUUCCCGGUCGGCAGCGCGCCCAAGAAUCUCUCGCCAAUCGAGGCGGUUGCGGCCACGGUCAAACCGUCCCCGCCGCCACCGUUUCUGAACGUCCGCCAGGAUACGGCCAGCACGGAAAGCAAGGACACACUGACGCCGCUGGAAGGGGCGGACGACCGGACGCUGGUCGGGGACGAAACGCUGGACGAUAUGGUGGAGCCGAACUACGAAGGCUUGCGGCAUCGGACGGCGGCCGGCAGACGGCGCAACUCGUCCAUGUGCGGUCCGGCACCGGCGGUGGCUGGUGGAGGACAGACGACUGGCGCUGGUCUGGCGGGCAGUGGCAGUGGUGGAGGAGGUAUCGGAGGACGACGAAACUCGGAGAGCGCAUCCGGUGGCGGGGUUGACAUCAACAAAUCGCAAACCAGCCUGUACCAGAUGGGUUUCUCCAAGCGACAGCACAGUAUUACCCAAUCGGAACCGGACAGUGGAAACGAUCAGCCCGUACAACGUACCGUUCCCAAGGGGCGUCAUCUACUGCUACAGAUACACACCGAGUACACCUCCAUCACAGAUGAGCUCGAGAGUGUUUGCCAUAUGAUAGCAUCGCCUACCAGUUCGUUGCGGGAGGACCGCACGAAGAAUGUAAACGAGCUAACGAACCCAGAGUUUGCCGCCCUGAUCGAGAAGCAGCACCUGAAGGAGUGCGAAGACAGCGACUACAUGAUGAUGGAAAGGCUGUUCCAGACGCGCUGCUCGCUCGAAGACAGCGACGAGUACUUCGACGAUACGGAGCCGGAAGAUCACGGGCCGCGCAAAAUGUUGCGCCGCGAAACCGCAAUCGAGCUACCAGUAACGCCCUCAAAAUCGAACAUCGUCUCGCUAGCGGACAGCAGCCUCGGGCACGAAGAUUUCGCAAUGAAGAACGAACGGCAGCCCGCCUCGAACCGGAACUCGUUGCGUGAUUCGAAAAAUUCCCCACUGUCCCUGUCCAGCCAGAACUCGCCGCGCAACUCGCAGUACAUGCAGUCCGCGUUCCUAAAUCCCACCGCGUGCGAUGGUGCUGGUGGAGGUGGCGGAGGUGCCACCAGCCGGCUGUACAAAAAGUCGUGCGAAAGCUUGCAGAAAAACUCCAGCACCGAUACGGAGUACUCGCUGCAGCCGUACCGGUUCAUCAAGCAAAGCUCGAACGAGACGAACAGCUCGUUCAACAUCGACAACUCGUCGAUCACGAACGAUCUGUCGAUCGAUGGCGAGACGAGCCUCAACUCAACCGUGAUCGAAAUGGUUUCAGGGCCGGCGAUCGCUGCGGUAGCGGCAGCAUCGGACGGUGAACGGGGCGGUUUCCAGACCAUACGCACCUCAUCGCUCGGCAGCGGCUCGGCGGCCGCCGACAGCCGGCCGGGACUGCUGAAGUGUAGCAAAGACAGGCAGGGAAGCAAAGAUGGUAGUGCUGGUUCCGUUCCGGACGGUUUGGAGCGGGCCGCCGUCGCGGUCAGCUCCGCACCGCCGGUGGUGAUGCCGAGCAAACCGCCACGGUCGGCACGCUUCACCGACAGCCUGACCGUGCUGGGACCAAAGAAUGUGCUGAGCCGGCUGAAGGAAAGUAGCUCCACCAGCACGGAGGAGGGACCGCGCGAUGCGGCGGCACCGAUACCGUGCAUCAGCACGAACCUGGUGCAGGACGAGAUAGCGAAGCUGUCGUCCAACAUCAAGAGCAGCACGGACGAGGAUACCGAGCCGCCGUUCAAUGAAACCAUGUGCUGAUUUUAGCUGUACCCUCCGACAGAGGUAACUAGGUUAGCAUAAGGUUGCGUUUGUGGAAAGGGGAGGGAAAUUCAACUUCCCUACCAUACGCUUAGUAUCGGGUGAUGGUGUGGCAAGGAAGGUAAUGGCCACGGUGGGAAUGUUGGAAGCGCAUGUACUUAUAUUGGGCAAAUUGCACACACUAAGUACUUUGAGUAAUCUUAAUACCAAAAGCGUCUAAUAUUACUGUGUACGGAGUGUGUGGGCGUUUUUUUUGGCUUGUUUCUCUUUGCUACCCACAAGCUUGUUUCAUAUUUUGUUGUUUUUUUUAACAAUAGGAUUGGAAUUGCAACCGCUCGAACGAAAGGGAUGCGUGGAGUGUAUCUCAGCUAUUUUAACUCUAUAUAAGAACCUCAUCCUUCUCAACCGUUAAUGCAAUUGUGCAUAUCAAACCGUUUCGAACCUUACCUACCGAAAAAAGCACAGUCCCACAGUCAACAAUGUCGCACAUUUAGUCAAAUGUGAAUGAACUGUACCAUGUUCUGUAACCUCCGAAUUCGCAUCAUCGCAUUUGCACAACAGUGAGCGUAAUCUGAGCUCAUAAUAAUAAUAAAAAAACACCUUUAAUUUAUCCUGCACUACUGGAUUCUACUGAUAAGCUAGUACACGAUCGAACACGCGGCAUAGAUUGAGAUGUGUGUAAAUACAUUCUAAAACUUAAGUUUCGUGCAAGCUUUUUUGCACUUUUCUGAGUCACUUCAUAAGCAUAAUCGUUUAAGGCAUUGGUGCUUGUUUAAAGUUUGAAAUGGACGUGUAUAACACGCCGACAAAACGGGAACUGCCAUAGAAUACGCAAACAGUGUUGCUUUGUAACCGGAUGAUCGUUUGUUUGAUCGUUUUGUUCCGCUUGCUGGACGCUGAAGACGCCGGAUUGUUGAAUAAUCAGGAUAAUCAGGUUUUGUUAUAUGUUUUCACAAACAAGCACCCUAAUCCACCAUGAGUGUAACGCAUACUAAGACCGAAAAGCCGAAAAGCUCUAAUAUUAUGUUUAGUUAAAGAUGUAUUGUAAAAUUGAGUAGGUUUUUAUUGCUGUUUGCUUUGCUGCGGACUUUUGCGGACUAAAACAUCCGCACUCUCAAAUCCUUUUCACAAUAAACAAGCACGAUUAAGAAUGCAACCACGCAACGUCCUACAUGAGUCGUAACUAAAAUGUGACAAUAUUAUUGAACGAAAUCAGUAUCAGAAGAAAAAAAACUUAUUCGAAAAUGCGUGCGUGUUGAAACAAUAAAGCAGUUAAAUAAUAUUUGAAUAAAUGAGCAAACACACAGACACAUGAGAGAAUUGCAGUAAUCGAAAUAGUGUUGGAAUUUGUUGAUAAGAAAGAGAAAAAAAAACAUACAAAGCAGGUUAGAAAGAUGAUAAAAAACGUAGAACAAAUAAAUCGUUACAAACAAUAAAUAGGGUUGUACUGGAAAAAAUGAGGAGUGAAUCAAACAAGAAAAAGAAACCAUAAACGUUUACAAUCGGAUCGUAGGGUAGAGGUGGUGUACAACUCGCUCUGUUACAAGGAAAUGAAUUUUAAAAUAAAAAAAAUGAUAUUGUUACGUUGUAUCCAGCCCUCGGACGGAAAACGAGUGAGGAAUGGAAACCGGGUUUUUGUUCGAUAACAAGUUUAGCUAGUAAGAACAUGUUUGAGAUCAAAAAGAGCGAUGCACUAUGAAAUGAACGAAGCACAACCACAUGGUACGAACGUUUUCCCGAAUAAAUUCAGUUGAAUUUCAUGGAAAAAAA